AUGUUUCCAGAGGAAGAAUGCGAGGAGUCAGCGUGCGGGGGCGCGGUGAGGCACCGCCCCGAGCCGCUGGGGGCGCUGGCGCAGUCCACGCGCUUCACACGGCACGAGAUCAAACUCAUGUACCGGGGGUUCAAACAGGAAUGUCCGUCCGGUGUGGUCGACGAGGAGGCAUUCAAGCAUAUAUUCUCACAAUUCUUCCCUUUAGGAGAUGCAUCGCAAUACGCUCAUCUCGUGUUCAACACGAUUAAACACAAGCAGAGCGGUAAGAUAAAUUUUGAGGAGUUCCUCGAGAUUCUAUCGAGGGUGGCCCGAGGGUCUGUCCAGGAGAAGUUGUCGUGGGUGUUCGCGCUGUACGACGUGGAUGGAGAUGGGCGCAUCUCCCGCGCCGAGAUGCUGUCCGUGGUGCAGGCGAUAUAUGAGCUGCUGGGCCGCGCCGCCGCUCCUCCAGUUCACUCCACCGCAGCCAAGGACCACGUCGACAGAAUCUUCCAUUUGAUAGACACGAACGCUGACGGCGUGGUGACCCCGGAUGAGCUGGCGCGGUGGUGCAGCCGCGACCCCGCGCUGCUCAGCUCGCUGGACACGCUCGACACCGUGUUGUGACCCCCCGCGACCCCCGCG